AUGCUAGUGUAUUUCUUGACAGCUAAAUCUUACCCAGAAAGCUGCACAGCUAUAAAUCAUGGAAGUAGUGGUCUAUACUUAAUAGAGCCAAAACCAGGAAAGCGCCUACUGGUACGUUGUGAAUUUGGAGAAGAUGGAGGCUGGACUGUCAUACAGAAAAACUGCAAAAAAACCCCAAAGAUUUGGGAUACCACCUGGGAAAGCUACAAGAAAGGUUUUGGAGACCUGCAAAGUGACCACUGGCUGGGUAAUGAAAAUAUUCACUUACUGAGCACGCAAAAGUUGCAUCACAUUCGGUUUCGAGUGCGUUCUGCUUAUGGUACACAGCAUUUGGCCAACUAUGAUUCCUUUGCUCUUGAAGAGGAACAAAGCUGUUAUAGAAUACGAUUAGGUCGAUAUUCAGGUAAUGCUGGAGAUGCCAUGACAUCUGGACAGCCUAGUGCAGGACAUGAUAAUAUGAGAUUCUCUACCCGUGAUCGUGACAAUGAUUUAUCAGCAUCCAACUGUGCAUACAUUGGUGGUGGAGGAUGGUGGUAUGACAACUGCAGGUUUGCCAAUCUUAAUACUGGCUCUGGCAUUUACUGGCAGCAGUUAUGCAAAGGAGAUUGUCAGUCUAGUGAUAUACUUAUUCAGCCAGUUUAUAGCUGCCCAGAAGGUGGAGGAGGAGGAAAUGGAGGGGGUGGUGAGGGUGGAGGUGAUGGUGGUGGAGGAGAUGGAGGUGGGUGGGAAGGGGGUGGAGGAGGUGGAGGCGGUGGAGGUGGUGGAGAUGGAGGUGAUGGUGGUGGAGGAGGUGGUGAUGACUCAACACCAAAUCCAUGUCAAGAUGACAAAUAA